AUCUACUGGUUAAUUUUUUUCCUAUCAAAUUGGAGAAUCAAUUCUCGAUGUUAAUCAUUCAAGUCUCUUACUAAAAACUGGAGCAUAGCCUAGUAGCUUGGUACAUUGAACUUCAAUCUUGCUUAUGUGUUGUAGAUGGACAAGGCGACCAAGCUUUUGAUUUAUGGUGCUUCAGCACACUUGUUGUUGUCCAUGAUGGCCAUGGUUAUUGAGUCUAGAAAAAGAAAAAGAGAUAGUAGAAGAGUCGGUAUUACUUAUGGGCCAAUGGAGGAAAGGGAUAGGAUGAGACUUGAUUAUCUUAACACUAAAAUAUGGAUGAGUGAUACAACAUGUGUGAACAUGCUUAGACUUAGUAGGUCUAGUUUCUUUCGCUUUUGUAAGGGCUUUAGAGACCGGGGUUUACUUGAAGAUACAAUACACAUGUGUGUUGAGGAACAAGUGGCCAUGUUUUUGAACACAGUGGGACACAACCUUAGGAAUAGGUUGGUGGGAACAAAUUAUGGUAGAUCUGGUGAGACUGUUAGUCGCUACUUCAACAAAGUGCUUCGUGCUAUUGGAGAGCUACGAGCUGAACUUAUUAGGCCACCAUCAUUAGAGACUCCAUCCAAAAUAGCAGGAAAUCCAAGAUGGGAUCCCUACUUUAAGGAUUGCAUUGGAGCUAUUGAUGGCACACAUAUAAGAGCUUUGGUUUCCAUAGAUAUGGAACCUUCAUUUCGUGGUAGAAAGUCUUAUGCCUCUCAAAAUGUAAUGGCGGCUGUUGAUUUUGAUCUUCGAUUCACAUAUGUCUUGGCUGGUUGGGAGGGUUCAGCACAUGAUGCUUUAGUACUAAGAGAUGCUUUAGAGCGAGAGAAUGGCCUUCGUGUACCACAAGGUAAAUAUAGGAGGUUCUAAAGUUGUACUUAUCAAUAAUAUUUGUUGUUUUGUGGAAUUGUGACCAACUUGUAUAUAAUAUAUUAGGAAAAUUCUAUCUAGUGGACGCGGGAUAUGGAGCCAAACCUGGAUUUUUGCCCCCUUUUCGUGCUGUCCGGUGUCACUUGAAUGAAUGGGGAAAUAAUCCGGUACAAAAUGAGAAGGAGUUGUUCAACCUUAGGCACUCGUCUCUUCGUGUCACCGUAGAGCGUGCAUUUGGUUCACUGAAGAGAAGAUUUAAAAUACUUGAUGAUGCCACACCAUUCUUUCCAUUUUCUACUCAAGUAGAUAUUGUUGUAGCCUGCUGCAUUAUUCACAAUUGGGUCAUACAAGAUGGAGGUGAUGAGCUGAUCAUUGAAGAAUCUAAUUGGCCAAUUCAUAAUCAUGCUACAACAUCAAGUGGCCAAGCUAGUGAACAUGCAUUCAUGGUUAAUUUGAGGCAGGAAAUAGCAAAUCAGAUGUGGGAAGAUCGCAAAACCACUAUGCUUCCUAAUUUGUUAUUGUUUUUCUUGCUGUAAUUUUUAUUUAUGGACAUUAAUAUAUGGACUUAAUUAAUGUAUUCAUAUAUUGUGUGAGAUUACUUCUUGCUAUAUGCACAUGACUUAUUUAAUGUAUUCAUGGACAUCAAUCAUUUAUGUCAAAGUUCUUCAUGGGAUGUAUAUGUCUGGACAUAACCAUAUUGCAGAAAAUGGAGAGUGAAGGAGCUGGUGAGCACUUUGUAGAACAAGCUGAUGGUAGUAGCCAUGUUGUGUGGACUUCUGCAAUGUCCGCUUACAUGCUCAGUAACCUAGCAAGCCUUGUGGCUGAAGGGAUCAGGACAUCAACAGGCUUCAAGAAAGUUCACCUUAACAUGUGUGCUAAGGCUCUAAAUGACUAUUUCAAGAUGAAGCUCACUGGAGAACAAGUGAAGAACCAUUUGAGGACAUGGAAGAGAAGAUAUGCGAAGAUAAACAGACUUAGGAAGUUAAGUGCUGCUUCUUGGAACGAAGAUAACUACAUGAUCACUCUUGAUCAUGAACAUUAUGCAAACUAUGUGCAGGAUCACAAAUCUGAUGCUGAGUUUUUAAACAAGCCUUUGGAGAACUAUAAGGAAAUGUUCACUGUCUUUGGAAACAAUAUGGCUACAGGAAAGUAUGCAAAAGGAUCAAGUGAAGCUCUAGGUACUGAAGAUAGAAACAGUAUGGCUGAAACAGAGAUUGAUGAGGGAGAUGUUAAUGCUGUUCCUAGUCCUAUAGAUGAUAUUGGGGCUUCAUCCUCAGCUCCUAGACCUAGGAAGAAGGCAAAUGUUACUAUUAAUGAAGAGGCAGGGCUGAUUGGAGCAUUCAAAGAUGGUGCUGAAAGGCUUGCAAUGGCUAUUGAGAAGGCUGGUUCAGAUGACCUACCAUCUGACUUGCUUCAAACAUUGCAAAGUAUUCCAGGUUUUGAUGACACACACAAGGCCUUUUACUUUGCAUAUCUAGUGAAAAAUCCUGGAUUAGCAAGGCAGUUCCCUACUCUCCCAUUGACAUAUCAGAUAAGUUUGCUUGCUCGGUUCGUUAGUGAGACCUUUCCUUAGAUUAUGAGGACCGGGAAUUAGGACUAUGCUGGAGGUUAAGUGGAAAUUAGAACUAUGUUGUUCUUUUGUUAUGUAAACCAUGACCAAUACUUUGUUUUCAAGUACUGGGAUUGAAAUAAUGGCUUUGCUAUGUCGAAAUACUCGGUUUGUUAUGAAAUACUGGGUUUGUUAUGACCAACAUGGAUGCUCGGUUUGUUUGUUUUGAAA